AUGAGAAAUACUUUCCUCUUUAGUGUACAUGUACUCAUCUUUUGUUGUUUCAAUACACUCUUAAACAACAGCACAUCUUACAUUAGUCUACAUGACUGCAGCCCACCUAACUUCAGCCCACUUUACUUCAGCCUACCCUACUUGAGUCCACCUUAUUUCAACCAUCUUACUUUCAGCACACAUAACUUCAGCCGACCUAACUUCAGCCCACCUAACUUCAGCCGACCUAACUUCAGCCCACCUAACUUCAGCCCACCUAACUUCAGCCCACCUAACUUCAGCCCACCUAACUUCAGCACACCUAGCUUCCGCCCACCUAACUUCAGCCCACCUAACUUCAGCCCAACUAACUUCAGCACACCUAACUUCAGCCCACCUAACUUCAGCCCACCUAACUUCAGCCCACCUAACUUCAGCCCACCUAACUUCAGCCCACCUAACUUCAGCCCACCUAACUUCAGCACACCUAACUUCAGCCCACCUAACUUCAGCCCACCUAACUUCAGCCCACCUAACUUCAGCACACCUAGCUUCAGCCCACUUUACUUCAGCCCACCUAACUUCAGCCCACCUAACUUCAGCCCACCUAACUUCAGCCCACCUAACUUCAGCACACCUAACUUCAGCCCACCUAACUUCAGCCCACCUAACUUCAGCACACCUAGCUUCCGCCCACCUAACUUCAGCACACCUAACUUCAGCCCACCUAACUUCAGCCCACCUAACUUCAGCCCACCUAACUUCAGCACACCUAGCUUCCGCCCACCUAACUUCAGCACACCUAACUUCAGCCCACCUAACUUCAGCCCACCUAACUUCAGCCCACCUAACUUCAGCACACCUAGCUUCCGCCCACCUAACUUCAGCACACCUAACUUCAGCCCACCUAACUUCAGCCCACCUAACUUCAGCACACCUAGCUUCCGCCCACCUAACUUCAGCACACCUAACUUCAGCACACCUAACUUCAGCCCACCUAACUUCAGCACACCUAACUUCAGCACACCUAACUUCAGCACACCUAACUUCAGCCCACCUAACUUCAGCCCACCUAACUUCAGCCCACCUAACUUCAGCACACCUAACUUCAGCCCACCUAACUUUCAGCCCACCUAA